AGAAUGUAAGCGUAACGCAACUUUGAAAAGGAUAAAAGCAAAACAGAAUUACUUCCACGCUUCAAAGACGAAGAACACCCAAAAUAACAUAAAAUAAAAUUAUGGAAGAGCUAAAGCCAAGGCCUGCAAGUUGCUUCCCUUUCACUCCAUUAGGCUUCUUAGAAAGGGCGGCCACCGUCUACGGCGAUUGCACCUCCAUCAUCUACAAUAACACUUCCUUCACCUGGUCCCAAACCCACCGCCGAUGCCUCCAGCUAGCUUCUUCCCUCUCCUCCAUCGGUAUCGGCAGCGGUCACGUCGUCUCCGUUUUAUCCUACAACAUCCCCGCCAUGUACGAGAUUCAAUUCGGCGUUCCCAUGUCUGGUGCUAUUCUUAACUGCAUCAACACCCGUCUCGACGCUCGCACAGUCUCCGUUCUCCUCCGCCACUGUGAACCGAAGCUCCUCUUCGUCGAUACCCUCUCUCAGUCUCUCGCCCUGGAAGCCAUCUCCCUCUUCCCCCCUAACAAAUCCCCCCCGCUUCUCGUUUUAAUCCAAGACGAUCACGAUGACGCCGGGGGUUCCAAUUCCUCAUUAUCCACCGUUGAUUCUCGCUUCUGUUGCACGUACGAGAGCCUGGUGGAGAAAGGCGACCCUAAUUUCAAAUGGAUUAGGCCUAAAAGUGAGUGGAGUCCGAUUGUUUUGAACUAUACAUCAGGCACCACAUCAUCCCCCAAAGGAGUGGUUCAUAGUCACAGAGGAAUUUUCACCAUGACCGUUGAUUCUUUAAUCGAUUGGGAGGUUCCAAAACAACCAGUUUAUUUAUGGACACUCCCCAUGUUUCACGCUAAUGGGUGGAGUUACACUUGGGGCAUGGCUGCCGUCGGCGGCACCAAUGUUUGUGUUCGCAAAUUCGAUGCCUCCACCGUAUAUAGUUUAAUUAAGAAACAUGGUGUCACUCACAUGUGUGGAGCGCCUGUUGUGCUUAACAUGUUAUCCAAUUCCCCUGAAAUUAAGCCACUCCCAAAUCCUGUUCAAAUCCUUACCGCCGGAGCUCCACCGCCGGCGGCAGUGCUGUCUAGGACCGAGUCACUCGGAUUCGUCGUGAGUCACGGUUACGGGUUAACCGAAACGGGAGGGCUUGUGGUAUCUUGCGCUUGGAAAAGGGAAUGGAACAAGCUACCGGCGACGGAGCGAGCAAGGUUGAAAGCGAGGCAAGGAGUGAGAACCAUCGGAAUGACGGAAGCGGACGUGGUGGACCCUGAGUCAGGACUCAGUGUAAAACGAGACGGGUCAACUCUUGGGGAGAUCGUUUUAAGAGGCGCCUCUGUCAUGUUGGGUUACUUGAAAGACCCAAACGCCACCAACAAAUGCAUGAAAGAAAAUGGGUGGUUUUACACGGGAGACGUCGGCGUUAUGCACUCCGAUGGGUACAUGGAAAUCAAAGACCGUUCAAAGGAUGUUAUAAUCAGCGGCGGCGAGAAUCUGAGCAGCGUCGAAGUUGAGUCGGUUCUGUACAAUCACCCGGCAAUCAAUGAAGCGGCGGUAGUGGCUCGACCAGAUGAGUAUUGGGGAGAGACUCCUUGCGCGUUUGUGAGUUUGAAAAAUGAGUUGACUCAGAAACCGAGUGAGCAGGACAUAAUACAGUAUUGCAGAGCUAAGUUGCCACACUACAUGGUGCCCAAAACGGUGGUUUUUAAGGAAGAAUUGCCCAAGACGUCGACGGGGAAGGUUCAGAAGUUUGCUCUUAGAGAUAUGGCGAAGGCGCUGGGUCCUUCGUCAUCUUCCUCACGGCUGAGUCGGAUGUAAGCUCCCUUGGUACUCACUAUCUGCAUGAUCAACAUCGGAUUGCCGUAAUUAUGAAAUAGUAGUGAAAGCUGAAUUUAUGACUUAGUAAAAUACUCUUACGAUCUGUACGGGCUUUAUUAAUAACACAUUAAACUUUCAUAAA